AUUUUCAAUUGCGCAUGCGCAUUGAUUUAUUUUGCGGGAAAUUUGCGAUUGUGUGAUUUUGGUUGAUUUUCUUUUUAGUUGUGAACAUUUAGCUAGACAUGGGUGCUACAAACGGAGAUGAUGUUAAGCCCAGGGUUAAUGCUUCGAUGUUACCAAAUCAUCAAGGGAGAACUGUUUGUAUCAUCGGCGUCGCACAUGAAAUAAGUGGCUCGUCAUUUAAACUAAAGACUAGUGAUGACCAAGUGAUAAUGAUUGAUGUGGGCCAGCCAAUACAAGACUACAUAGAUGGGCUAGUAGAGGUUCAGGGGAUGGUUACAGAGACGAACAGCAUCAACUGCGAAAAUUAUGUCAUUUUUUCUCCAGAGGCAACUUCAUCCUUCAACAUGAACCUUUACAACAAAGCUGUUGAGCUGACCCAAACACUGGCAGACCAUUAUGUGACAGGAGUACCACAGCAACAGUCUUGAUGAUGCACUUCAAAUUGACUCUCAUUUACACUCUAGAUACAUUUUAAUUCAUCAAAGUGCUGUAUAUAUAGAUGAAAGAUAUGCAUUGCCAAUAGGUACUUUCUUUCUAGAUCUCCAAAUGCCCAAGUGCAUAUAUCAGCUUCGUUAUUCUGUAAAGAAUACAGGUUUUGUAAAUACAUGUAGAUCUGAUUAGUUUUUUAGCAUUCUGGAUAAAUGUAUAUGAACAGUAAAGUCGUUCUUGUUUGCUAGAAUGUUUUAAUAAUGCAUUGAUUUUAAUAAUACUUUUUAUGCAAAUAUCAAUUUACCAUCAAUUCUCAAGUGGCAUAAGUAUGUUUUUGCGAUGUUGGAUAAAAAAUGUAUACAGUAAGAUCUAUUGACAAAGUGGCAACUCAUAUCAGAUCCCCCUCCAUAAGAAACAUUGUUAUAAUCUCCAACUUUUUUGUGGC